AUGGACUCAUCGCGGCAUGACGGAUUAAUAAACCCUAAGUCCAACGACGAGGAGUCUAAACAAAAUCUGAAUAAAGUCAUAAAUUCAAUGGACAAAGCCCUAGGAAUUCUCCACCAGCUUUAUCUCACCGUCGACUCUUCUUACAACGACGUUUCCUCUCAACUUUCUGUUGUUCAAGGCAUGAAUAAUGUUGUGGUUGAGCUUGAUGAUAUGGCCAAAUUGGGAGAAAAAUGCAAUAUUCAAGUGCCAAUGGAGGUUCUCAACUUGAUUGAUGAUGGGAAGAAUCCAGAUGUAUUUACAAGGGAUGUGUUCAAAAGUUGCACUGCCAUGAACCAAAUCACUAAAGGCAAAUCAAAUGCAUUCAAGGCUUUGCGAGGGCAUCUCCUGGGGGAAAAUUACGGACAACUUUGA